GAGUCCGUGCGCCCCUGAACGCUGGCGGAUCCCGGAGCCGGACCCUGACAGACGGAUCGUGCGCUCCCGUGACUCGCCUCCUCUUUGGUUUUUAAAGUUUGUGCGUAAACGCGAACUCUGCUGCGUCAGUGGAAGAAGUUUGUGGAAAGUUUUUCUGGGGUUUUGCAUCGAGAGACUCGCUGACAAAGUGGAUAAAAAACAUUUAGCGUGAAACGCUGCUGCAGUGCGUCCCCGCGGAUUUUGGAUUACUGUGCCAAGAGUCGGACUGUUGUCGUCAGCUCAUCCAACAGCGACAGGAGAAGAGGCAGCGAGGAGUUUGCUCCACGACAGUAAAAUAAAGUUCCAGGCCGGACACCACGAUGUUACCUUACUUCCUGCUCUUGUUCCUCUCAUCUGGGCAGGUGUUAUCCUCCGACUGCCCAGUAGACUGUUCCUGCCAAGCCCAGGACUCUAUAUUCUGCAUUCAACGACGGUCCAGCACUGUGCCCCGUGUCCCCACCGACACCCAAGAACUCUACAUCUUCCAGAACGGCAUCAACACUUUGUCCCAAGAUGACUUCAGAGGCUUGGUGGAGUUGGAGAUGCUCGACCUGAGUCAGAAUAAGCUGGUGGAGAUUCCAGAUGGCGUGUUUGAGAUGCUGUCAAAGCUGAAGAACCUGGACCUGUCCUCGAACGACAUCACCCACAUUUCCAAAGGCAGUUUUUCUGGCUUGGUCCAGCUUGAGAGGCUGUAUCUCCAUGCAAACGCCAUUCAGAGUAUCCACUUGGAAGCUUUUGAGGGUUUAGAUAUGCUCCUGGAACUCAAGCUCCAAGGGAACCAGCUCACAUCUCUUCCAUCCCUGCACUUCCCCAGACUUCUGCUUCUAGACCUCAGCAACAACAACAUCCCAAGCCUGGGACCCUCAGACCUCCAGACUCCUCACCUGGAAGCCCUUAAGCUGGCCUCUCUGGGGCUUACCUCUGUGGAUGAGGAUCUUAUAACUUCCCUUGGGAACCUCCACAAGCUCGAUAUCUCCGCAAACAAGUUAACUGAGGUGCCACAGGCCUUAAAGCAAGACUCCCUCAAGGGGCUGAUCAAGCUCAACCUGGCAGCCAACCCAUUUGGAGAGCUUAGGAUGGAGGACUUCCAGAAACUGACAGGACUUCAAGACCUGGAUCUAAGUGGACUUAAUCUCCAGGGUUUUCCACAGAGUUUCUUCCAGAUAUUCCCAAAAUUGAUGCGCCUUACAGCAGCUGAGAACCCAUUCAACUGCUUGUGUCCAUUAGCCUGGUUCCCUCUGUGGCUAACUGAGAAGGGUGUGAGUCUUGGGAGGCCUGAGGAAACUAGAUGCCACUUCCCUCUAGUUAAUGCUGGAAAGAUGCUGUCAGCACUUGAGCACAAAGAUUUUGGAUGUCCACCUACCACAACAGUGCUGAUUGGCUCACCCAUUGGAAGCACCUCUGUUCCCCAGAUGCUCACCACACCACCUGAAGCCACCCAUACCAAUGCUAUUCCUCCUCCUCCACCUCCCAGUGAGGAAACAGUGUCCUCAAAAACAGUCAGCUAUCCCCUUCCACCAGAACCUCCAGUCUCCCCUAGUUCCACUAGCGGGGAAAAUGAGCAGCACAUCUGCCCACCAAACAUCUGCCUCAAUGGGGGCACCUGUAAUUUUGAUCCAUUGGGUCAACUCAGCUGUCUGUGUCCAUCAGGAACCUCUGGCCUCUAUUGUGAAAAUGUGGAUGAAGUUCCUGAGCCACCACAACCUGCAGCAACAGAGGUUCCGGUAGUUGCCGCUGUGAUGCCUGCUGAUCUUGAUGCCAUCAGCUCACGCCAGGUGACCUCCACGUCUAUCCUUCUUGACCUGCAUCGCUUCAUUGAGACACGGCCACACAUUCGUGGGAUAAGGUUGACCUACCGUAACCUCUCAGGACCUGACCGCCGCCCCAUUAUCCUGAGUGUACCGGCAUCCUACCCUGAGUACACUUUGCGUGGUUUGAGACCCAACUGCACCUAUUCAGUAUGUGCUAGUCCCCUGGGCGAGAAAGUCCUCUCUAGGUCAAACAGCUCCGUAGAAACAGGGUCGUGUACAGAAGCUCGGACCGAAGGGGUUCCACUGACAUCCUUAGAGCCCAGGGUGGAGACACAGAGCCAGGUAACAUAUACUCUGAUCCCUGCCCUGGCUGCCUUGGCAUUGGUACUGGGGUUGGCUGUGGUGGCUGGGACGAUCAUCUGCCUGCGGAAGAAGAGGCAGUCCAAGGCAGGAAUGGAGCUGGAGCUGGGCCCAGCUGAUCCCGAUCCCAUGGAACUGGAGGGGAUCAAGGCCUGCCUGGAGAAUGGGGGAAAUGGUACAUUACACCAGAAGCAGCCUGAGAUUGAGCGCUGUCACACUCCUCAGCCACCUUCAUCCUCGCAACAAAAUGGGGGCUUGGACUAUGAGGUACCAUUGAUGCAAGGACAUUGCCCAUCAAACAACAAUCUAGCAUCACUAAAGCCUUCCUAUUUCUAAGAUGCAAUAAAAUACAAACACUUGGAAAGAUUUAGGUGUGAGUGGGCUUACCCAUCAGGACUUUUUACAUCCUGCUUUGGCUCGUUUAGUGGUUAAAGUCUAGUUUCAUUCUAAUUUCAAAUAUCCUCAAUUUGAAAAGCGGCACUUACUUAUUUGGAUUUGUCUAAAUGAUAGAUCAUCUAUUUUCAAGACACUAAAUGAUACUGAAUGUUGCAGAUAGAAAGCAUAUUGGAAAUGUGCUAAACCACUGUGGGACAAUAAACAGGAUGUGUUUCAAAGUCAUCCAGCUGAGUUUGACGGUGGUGAGACCCAACCGAGUGAUUUAACUAAGUGCAAUCGACUAGACCGGUCUUAGUAGAGGAGUGAAAAUGGAAGUGCCUUUUUGCAUUGACACAACUGUAUUCAACAGCUUAUUUUUUUUAUAAAAGAAACUAUGUGAAUGAGCUGUCAUCCUGUUGCUGGAUUUGGGAGAAACAGGAGGAAGGUGCGUCAGGCCACAGAAGUCGAGGAUAUGACGGUGGUUUAAAUGAAAACAGGGACUUGCCUGGACCACAGGCCCUGGAGCAUAAAGGGGGUUUGAACAACUCCACCUGCUCCAUGGGAACUUUAAAAAGAACUUGCACUGAAAAGACAUAUUCCCUUCCCUUUCUGGUGUCCCAGUGACGAGCCGCCAAAAGACUGAUGGUCACAUGAGGAAAUGCAAUAAGAAAAAAUAAAAAAGCUGCCUAAACUCCACAUUAUGUUGUUGACAUAAUCUAAUCUGAAAGUUUCUUCACGUGCGGAUUUGGAUUUUUUCAGUAUCAACAGACAAUGAUUUUUCUUUCUAUACAUCUCAAAAGCUUCUGGCUCCGCAGGAGAUACAUUUGCUGUGAAAGAUAAAUGGACUGAAUGAAAAGCCAUUGUGAAUUGACUUUGUCGACAUUGUUUUGUGCCGUGACGAGAAGACUGUUGUGUGUAGCUGAUAUCAUGAUAUUCUGUAUGAUGUGUUUUCUUUUCUAUUGUUUGUGUAUUUUCUGUUAUUGUUCUUUCAGUAUUGUCAGUUGAAACUUUACGGAUUUUACCCACCGUGCAAAAAUGCUAAAGUCAUUAUGUGUUUGAUAAUUUCCCUUUUUGCAUUUUAGGUUACAUGUUCUCCUUCUAGUGGCUGUAGAAGUAAAUUACUAAUUUAAGUCUAUGAUACCUUCUCAAUCUCUGAGCCAAUCGGCUUUUAUACGACGACGAAUUAGCCUCUGCGGGAAACGACCAAUAUUUUGGGGCUUCCGGUGUAGACAGCUGAUAUCCGAGCCGAAAAUCCCUUCGCUGUACACAGUUUACAGUCCGACUAGUUGCUUUUAUCAUUGGAUCUUUGCGCCACACAAAACACAAACAGUGAUACUUUCUUUACGUGUUUAAGGUCUGGACCAUAUGUCGACUAAUCUCGGACUGUCGGCAAUCAGAGCCUGCUCAAACGUGAUUGGUCGAAGUAGAAUAUACAGAAUCUGUUUAUAGAGAUUAACGAGAACGGCAACAAAAACAACCGGCAGCAAUCAACUCUAGGAAGUUAGAAUUAAAUAAUUGAACUACAACUCGGCAACAGAGCUUUUUCGCCAACAUACAGUAUAACUACAUCUAACCAUGAAGUGUCAGACACUUUAUUCUCUCUGCCAGCUCUGCCAACGCUUCAUAAAGACAUGGUUCAGCCUCAGACCGUUUGCGACUUCCAACACUGUGUUCAAAGGCCUUUUGCCACAGAGCCCAAACCCAUAAAGCUGCACACAUGUGCCGAGCAAACAAAGCAAGUUCAAAGAGAUUCAAGGCAAUUUGCUGUAAGUGUCAGUAACUUUUAGACACUGGUUGUUUCCUCUCUGUGUUGCCGACUGUAUCGUUUCUGAGAUAGAGUCUAAACAAUGUUCCAUCCAUCCAUCCAUUAUCUAUUCUGCUCAUCCUUUUGAGGAUCUUUGGGGGAUGGAGCCCAUCCCAGCUGAGUGAGUAAGAGGCGGGUACAUCCCGAACAUGUCGUCACCAAACUGACAAAUAAAGUCAAACGAUCAUUCACCCUUAUGUUCACAGCUACAGGCAAGUUAGCGUUGCCAGUUAACCUAACCUGCUUGUCUUUGGACCGUGGGAGGAAGCUGGAGUGCCUGGAUUUAUUGCACGCAGGUGUGAGAACAUGCAAACGCCACAGAGCUGGAGUGAGUCGACAAUGUUAACCACUGUUCCACCGUGCCGCCCCUUUCACAGUGUUCCCCUGUAGCUUUUUUCUCGUCUUACACGCUUUCCCUCUUGCUGCUUCUCGACACUUCACUUUAACCAUCCUGUGUUUUUGCCUAACAACGAUCAUUGGCGUGUGUUUGUAGACUGUUUUUCCUGUUUACUGCUUAACCAGACUGUGAAAUGCACCAUUCGGAGGAAUUUAGAGUCUCGGAAAGUCACAAACUUUUAGUGCUUUUUUUCCUCCCUUCUCCUUAGAAAAAGAUUGCUGAAUCCCAGGCAGGUUACCAGAGACGUGCCUUAGCAGCACUCUGAGCCUUACCGAGAUCUCGUAGAGUCAUGUUACAUACUGAUGUGUAUUUCAGGAACAAAAGGGCCUUUAUUUUGCCUCACAAGACAUCGCAUUUUAUUACAUUACAAACUAAAAAUGAAGAAACAUGAAAUGUAAUGUAACCAAUUUAGCCAGUUUUUUAAAUGAAAGAGCUUUCUUUGUUCUCGGUCGUCUAAACAGCCAAAAGCUAAGAUGACUGUGUGUUUUCAGUUGGAUUGUUCAGUUGUGUGUGACGUAUGUGUGUAACAUGUGUGUUUUGGUAAGUUGUCGUCUUUAUAAUGGAGCUCAUGCACUACACUGUCCAAAAUCAACUCCCCAUCCUCCAGCUCCUCUGCGCUCUUCACUCUGUCAAUAUUCCAGCAAACACAGACACAGACGCUCAUAUACAAUAUCUGCUUUCCCCCAAUAUAUCAACUGGAAGACUCUCUGUUUGGCUUUGGACAGCGAGAGGGGGCAGGAAAUGUUUGACAUGUUUUCAUCAUGCUCGUUACGGUAUCUUCCCUGUUUAUUUAGGGGAAGCUUUUCUGUCUUAUCGUUUUCGUGUUUGUCAGAUUCGUCUUUACAUGUUCGUCAGAUGCUGAGAAAAAAAGAGCAGUAUUAAAAUGCCUUAAUGACAAUA